AUGGCCAAGUGGGGCCAGGGGGACCCGCGCUGGAUCGUGGAGGAGCGGGAGGACGGGACCAACGUGAACAACUGGCACUGGACAGAACGGGAUGCUACUAGCUGGUCCAAGGGGAAGCUCCGGGAGCUCCUGCUGGGCAUUGUGGUGGAGAAUGAGGCUGGCCACUGUGAGAUAAGCGAGCUGAAGCAAGUGGAGGGCGAGGCUUCUUGUAGCAGCCGCAAAGGAAAGCUGAUUUUCUUCUAUGAAUGGAACAUCAAGCUGGCCUGGAAAGGUACAAUUAAAGAAUCUGGUGCGAAACACAAGGGAUUGAUUGAGAUACCUAACCUUUCUGAAGAAAAUGAAGUAGAUGACACUGAGGUGAACGUGAGUAAAAAGAAAGGAGAUGGGGAUAUACUGAAGGAUCUUAUGAAAACUGCAGGCAUCGCCAAGGUCAGGGAGGCCCUUGGAGAGUACCUGAAGGCACUUAAGACUGAAUUUACCACUGGAAUGAUAUUACCAACGAAAGCUGUGGCAACCCAGGAGCUGACUGUUAAAAGGAAGCUGAGAGAGAAUACCUUGCAGGCCUCAUCUCCAGUGGCAUUGGGUGUCAGGAUUCCCACUGUGGCUCUGCACAUGACCGAACUGUUUGACACAACAGCAGACCAGCUAUACGGCAUCUUUACUGUGAAAGAUUUGGUGCAAAAAUUUUCCAAAUCUCCUGCUGUAUUAGAAGCCGAAAAGGGAGGGAAAUUCCAAAUGUUUGAUGGGAACAUCACUGGGGAAUAUAUAGAAUUGUUAACAAAUAGAAAGAUCAUCAUGAAAUGGAGAUGUAGGAACUGGCCAGAAGAACACUAUGCAACAGUUGCACUGAACUUUGUGCCUACUCUAGGGCAAACAGAAUUACAACUGGACUGCAAAGGAGUUCCUGUCUGUAAAGAAGAGAACAUGAAGUACUGUUGGCAAAAGCAGCAUUUUGAAGAAAUAAAAGGUUUACUGCAGCUAAACACCCUAAAAAGUUUCAGUUAGUUAGACUUUAUAAGGGCAUUACUUUUUGUAAGCUGAGAAAGCAUCACAUUUACUUUUUCCUUUAAAA